UCUUCUCUCUAUCCUUGAGCCCUAUGCAGUAUCCUGUCGAAGAUAUCGAAAGAGCAAAUGAGCACGACCCAGCGUCUGGAAAAUUUUCAUAAAUAUCAGCGUGACGGAUUUCCUUUUUCGGGAGGAGUUUCCGACUGCGGACCGCUUGAGUUUACACUGGUCUGUUUUGCCUGUGACGCUCCGGCGAGCUAAAAGCCUGGACACGAGGGAUGAGUUGGAUAUUCCAACAUACUCAAUAGAGACCUGGAAAAUGGACGGGAAGUCGAAGGUGCUGCUCGUCGGCGCCGGCGGGGUCGGAAUCCUUGCAGCACUGGCUCUUGAAUCCGGCGGAAAGGCAAAUGUGACCGCGGUGCUUAGAUCAAACUACGAUGUCGUAGAGAAGAGCGGCUUCGAAAUCGAUUCAAUCGAGCACGGGUCAGAUAUCAAGGGGUUUCGGCCUUCCAAAAGUACGGCCUUUGCUAAUGCGGACCGCGGGGGAUGCCGUGCUCACAUAACAUGACAGUCACCAAAACGGUCCCGGACGUGGCGAGCGAAGCCUCGCCGUUCGACUACGUCGUCGUCACGACGAAAAAUAUUCCCGAAGUUGCGCCAACUGUUGCCGAUAUCAUCGCGCCAGCCGUCACCCCUGGCCACACGGGCAUCUUGCUGUUGCAAAACGGACUCAACAUCGAGAGGCCGUUGGUCGAGAGAUUUCCCACGAACCCGAUCCUGUCCGGUAUCUCGCUCGUGGGCUCUACGGAGUACGAGAAAGGCAAAAUCAAGCAGGAUGACAAGGACGUCUUGAAGAUCGGGCCAUUCGACAGCCCGCACGUGCCAAAAGACGUAGCCACCACGUCGGCGAAACGAUUCGUCGAGCUAUACAGCGCAUGCGGCAAGGUUGAUUGCACAUACGACGACGACGUCACCGCCUCGCGCUGGCGGAAGCUGGUGUACAACUCCACGUUCAAUUCCGUCGGCGCGAUUCUGGGCAUGGACACGAGCCGGAUGCGCAUGUACGAGCAUGUGAUCGACGACCUCGUCAAACCUGCUAUGAUCGAGAUCAAGGCUGUGGCUUCCGCCUCUGGCGUUCAGCUCCCGGACGACAUAGUCGAUUCCAUGAUCAAAGUGGAUCCGCCCCACGCUUUCUUCAAGCCCAGCAUGGCCCAGGAUGCAGAGAAGGGGAACUUCAUGGAGAUUGAAACGAUCGUGGGGGAGCCAGUCAGGGAGGCAUCGAGGCUGGGAGUGCCAGUUCCCACGCUCACGGUGAUUUACGGGAUUUUGAAAGGCUUGCAGGCAAAAGUCAAGGAGGAGCGUGGGCUGAUCGCACCGAAGUUUGCGGAUGGCAGCCGUUAUGUCUAAUACAACCACAAGAUAUCCUAGAGGGAAUAUAGAUUCUGAAACUCGAACGCCAUAAUCUUGAUAGGACUGAGGGAAAGAAGCUUCGCGGAUCGAGUGAAGCGAAGUAUUCACGUCAAUGAAAACCGUAAUAUCCCAAGCUUGUCUCUUACAAGUUGAUUGCCC